AUGUACAAGCUAUCGAGGCGUUCCGUCUCCGCUAUCCUGCGCUACACUGGCUCUGCCUCUGGUUACCGGAGCGCCGCUGCCGCCAUCGCUGUCCCAAUCUCUGAUUCUGUUGUGGACAGUGAUACCAAAUUGAGAUGGUACUCCGUUUUAACCGCUGGGACAGAGAUACCAAAUAAAACCAAGCAUUUGAACGUGAAGAAUGGUUUGUUUUUGGGUACCCGUUAUGAGUCGACUGCCGCAGAGUCUGAUGCUUCAUCAUCUCCUCCACCAGUGGGUGAAAAACACGAGUAUCAAGCUGAGGUUAGUCGCCUUAUGGACCUCAUUGUUAAUAGUUUAUACAGCAACAAAGAAGUGUUUCUUCGGGAGCUUAUCAGUAAUGCAAGUGAUGCCUUGGACAAGCUGCGAUUUCUUAGUGUCACUGACCCUGAGCUUUUGAGGGAUGCUGCUGAUCUUGACAUUCGUAUCCAGACCGAUAAAGAUAAUGGGAUUGUAACUAUCACUGAUAGUGGCAUUGGUAUGACUCGGCAAGAACUUAUUGAUUGUCUUGGAACUAUCGCACAAAGUGGAACUGCAAAGUUUUUGAAGGCAUUGAAGGAUAGCAAGGAUGCUGGUGCUGAAAACAAUUUAAUCGGGCAAUUUGGUGUGGGCUUUUAUUCAGCUUUUCUCGUGGCAGAUCGGGUUAUUGUCUCAACAAAAAGUCCAAAAUCUGAUAAACAAUAUGUAUGGGAAGGAGAGGCCAAUGCAAGCUCAUAUACUAUUAGAGAGGAAACAGACCCAGAAAAUCUCAUUCCUAGAGGAACUCGCCUUACACUGCAUCUUAAGCGUGAUGACAAAGGCUUUGCACAUCCAGAGCGGAUCCAGAAGCUUGUGAAAAACUACUCACAGUUUGUUUCAUUUCCAAUAUACACCUGGCAGGAGAAAGGAUACACUAAAGAGGUUGAGGUUGAUGAGGAUCCAGCUGAAGCCAAAAAAGAUGAACAAGACGAUACCACUGAGAAGAAGAAGAAAACAAAAACUGUUGUCGAGAGGUACUGGGACUGGGAACUUACUAAUGAGACCCAACCAAUAUGGCUUCGCAACCCUAAAGAAGUUUCUACAGAAGAAUACAACGAGUUUUACAAGAAAACUUUUAAUGAAUACUUGGAGCCAUUGGCAUCUUCUCAUUUCACAACUGAGGGUGAGGUGGAGUUCAGGUCCAUACUUUAUGUGCCAGCCAUUGCUUCCACAGGAAAGGAUGACAUAGCCAAUCCCAAAACAAAAAAUAUCAGGCUCUAUGUUAAAAGGGUCUUCAUUUCAGAUGAUUUUGAUGGAGAACUGUUCCCACGAUAUCUAAGCUUCGUGAAAGGUGUUGUGGACUCCAAUGACCUUCCCCUCAAUGUUUCUCGUGAGAUUCUUCAAGAAAGUCGCAUUGUGCGGAUUAUGAGGAAACGCUUGGUUCGAAAGGCAUUUGACAUGAUUUUGGGCAUAUCCAUGAGCGAGAAUAGAGAAGAUUAUGAGAAGUUCUGGGAUAACUUUGGCAGACACUUGAAAUUGGGUUGCAUUGAGGAUCGUGAAAACCAUAAGCGUAUUGCACCACUGCUUCGAUUUUUCUCUUCCCAGAGCGAGGAGGAGAUGAUUAGCUUGGAUGAGUACAUGGAGAACAUGAAACCUGAGCAGAAGGAUAUCUAUUACAUAGCUUCUGACAGUGUAAACAGCGCUAGGAACACACCUUUCUUAGAGAGACUUCUUGAGAAGGAUCUUGAAGUGCUGUUCUUGGUUGAUCCCAUUGAUGAGCUUGCCAUCCAGAACCUGAAAUCAUACAAGGAGAAGACUUUUGUUGACAUCACCAAGGAAGACUUGGAUUUAGGUGAUAAGAACGAGGAGAAAGAAAAGGCCAUGAAGCAGGAGUUUGGCCAAACCUGUGAUUGGAUUAAGAAGCGCUUGGGUGACAAAGUUGCCAGUGUACAAAUAUCAAGUCGCCUGAGCUCAUCGCCCUGUGUUCUUGUGUCUGGGAAAUUUGGUUGGUCUGCCAACAUGGAGAGGCUAAUGAAGUCACAAACAGUUGGCGAUAUGUCUAGCCUGGAGUUCAUGAAAGGCAGAAGGGUGUUUGAGAUCAAUCCUGAACAUGAAAUAAUUAAGAACUUAAAUGCUGCAUGCAGGAGUAACCCAGAUGAUGAAGAUGCCCUGAGAGCUGUAGAUCUCCUCUAUGAUACAGCUUUGGUUUCCAGUGGAUAUACUCCUGAGAAUCCAGCGCAGCUAGGCGGGAAGAUUUAUGAGAUGAUGGGCAUGGCCCUCUCGGGGAAAUGGUUAACUUCCCCCGAGGUUCAGCAUCCUGUAUCUUCCCGAUCUGACAUCCCAGAAACAUUAGAAGCUGAGGUGGUUGAGCCAGUUGAGGCUGAUGGACAGAAGUGA